GACGAAGAAAUUCAGGAAAAGGUGAUAAGAGAUGCAUCUGUACUUAGCUCGAAAGAUAUUCUGAAAUUACAGCAAGAAAACAUCCAACUAAAAAAAGACAUGCAAGCAAUGGAAAGUAAACUGAAGUCAAAUAUGAAAAGUAUCAAAACAUUUUGGAGUCCCGAAUUGAAGAAAGAGAAGGCGGCAAAAAUUGAGCAAGAAAAUAAGUUUUUGACCCUUCAUCAACAAUACACAUGUUUAUCUAAAGAAGCUCAGGAACUACAAAGAGCUUUAGAUAGUGAAAAAUUUAAAGUAAGAGAACUUCAAGAUGGCAAAACCUUUCACAAGAACCUGUUCCAAUAAAUAGCAGUGAAACUGUAAAUAGUUUAUUGGAAAGAGUCAAAGAACUUGAGAAUGAAGGCUUGGUAUUAAAACAACUGGUUGAUUCAAAAGAAGUAACAAUAGACAAACUAAAAUAUGAGAUUGAGAGUUUACAAACACAGAAAGAGACAUCACAAAUUCAAGGCCUUCUUGAUGCUCUUUCUAAAGUGACACAUCUUGAAGAAGAUAUUGUUAAACGUGAUCAAACUAUACAAGACUUACAAAAUGAAAUAGACUUAAGCAAAUCACAAGCGCUUUUGAAUAAUGAGCUGCAAGACAUUCUAUCAAUGAAAGAUGAGGAAUUGAAGAAAUCUCGGGCACAUUGUGAUGAACUUAAAGAAGAAUUAUCUGAAUUGACAAAGAGAUCGGAUGAGAAUGCAUCCAAUGAAGAACAAAAAUUCAAAGAGAAAUUAGAGAAGAGAGAAGAAGUGUUUGAAAGUCAUUCUAAGUUCAUGAAAUCAAAGCUGGAGUUAGCAAAAGCAGACUUGUCCAAAAAAGAAGCAGAAUUGACAGCAGUGAAAACGAAACUUGAAACACUAGAGAAACACCAAUCAGAUCUUCAGGAACAUAUUUCUGUUUUACAUAGCUCCAACAAGUCAAAGGAAGAUCAUAUACAGAAUUUACAACAAGAUUUGAAUGACAUUCGAAAACGUUUGGAUGAGAAACACAAAGUUUUGGAUGGCAAAGAAAAAGAAAUUUUGUUGUUGUCUUCUGUUCAAAGUCAAAACAGUGGUGAAGUUGAGGUGCUUAAUACAUUGAUUCAGUCAAAAGAAAAACAGAUUACAUCCUUAAAAGAAAAGUGUGAAACGCUUGAGUUAGAGGUGAUGGAAAAGAAAGAGUUACUUUCAAACAACAAAAAUCAUAUUGCAAAUGUUCAAACUGAAAAUGAUGAAUUACUGUCGACUUUAAAAACGCUGCAGAAAUCCUUGAAAGAUAAAGACGCAAAAAUUGAGAAUCUGGAGCAGAAAAAUGAGAGUAUGUUACAAGACCACGAUAGCAGUCUGCAUAACCAUGAACAAAAGAUGAAAUCUUUGCAAAACCAAAUUCUAACGAAAGAGCUUGAACUCGAAGAAAAAAUGGAAGAAAUAUCAAAAGUAAAAAGUACAAAUGCUGAAGACGAAAGUAGAUUAAACUCUGCAAAAAAAUCAUUACAAGAACGGGAAAAUGAAAUAGAAGACCUAAAAAUGAAAGUUACACGCAAAAAUAAUGAAAUAGAAAGACUAACGAAUGAAUUAUCACGAACUGAAUCGAAUCUCCAACAAUUGCGAGAAGAAAUUGAGAUUUUAUCCAAAAAGACAGAUGAUGAAAAUAAAAGUUUGUUGAAAGAAGUAAACGAAAAGAAAGAGAAAAUUGAAGAAUUAGAUAGGCAAGUAAGAGAACAAGCCAAAAAACUCGCCAAUACUAAACGCAGUCAACAAAUUGAUCGAGAACAUCAUGCUGCUGCCCUAAAUGAAAUAAAACAAGAGAAAGAAGAUAUUAACAUGAAACAAAUUGAAACUAAGAAAGAUCUUGAUGUUAAAACAGAUCGUGUGGCAUUACUGGAAGAAGCUCUUCAAGAAACUGUAAAUAGUGUGUCUGAGAAUGAAAAAUUGCUUCAUGAACAAACUGAAAAGAAUUACGAACUACAAGUUGAAGUAGCAAAUCUUAAAAUUGAAAAUGCCGUAACAAAUACGAAGAAUGCUUCGCUAAUAUUGUCUUUGAGUGAAAGAGAUAUUGCCUUGUCUUACUAUCGCAAUGAUAGAAAAAAAAUGAAGGCCGAAGUCUUGGAAAUGAAACAAAAUGCUCUUCUUGCUACUAUAUCAGAAAAAGACACCAAUAUUGCUAUAUUAGAACAAAAUCCAACAAUACAAGGCGAACAAGAAGUAAGAAAACUGAAGGGAGAAAAAGAUCAUUUAGUAGAUCAACUAAAACAGUUGAAUCAAAAACGUAUACUUAUCGUCAACGAAAGUGAUAAUCUUACUUUGGCUACUGAAUUAUCUCAAGGAUCUAAUGAAACAAUAACGGAGUCAUUGUUAUUGUUGGAUAACAACACAGAAAAGUUAUUCUACUAUAUGAAAAGUUUAUCAGAUUUAAUGAAAGAACAUUACAAUGAAAUCUACACAACUUUACCUCGUGCACCAACAUCUAGAGAAAUCAAAGUUUUAAUGAACGACAACGCCAAUCAUGCGGAGCUUGUGAAAGAAAUUGAACAGCAGGUGUCUUUGAUUCAGGCAGUUCAAGAUUACGUAGAAAUUAUGUUGGAAAGUUUGGAGGAAACGGAAGUUGAUCAAGAAAAAGAGUGAGAAUGGGUGGAAUGUUCGCAUUUUACCCUUAAGUUAUCAGCUCAUAUGGCGAAGUUGUCUUUUUUUGUUGCAAAAUUGACACAUUGUCCCACGUCAUAUCUUUGCGGGGGUUGUAUGUUUUUAUGCUGCUGCCUCGCUGCUGCUUGUCAUACUUAAAAUUUUAUUAAAUUGUCAGGGCGUUUAGUGUUAUUGUGCGAACUCACUUACUGGAGAGAAUAAAUGGCUCAAAAAUUGGCUUUUUCUAAACGAUGCUAGUGUACAGCACAGUCGUGCGCCAUGUUUGUCUUUUGGACAAGCCGCAAUGUUGCGUUUAUCUUUCUCGAGAAUAAAUUUAUAAUCUCUUUUUUUGUAGUGUGAUAGUAACAAAGUUUUUACUCUUAUCAUUGUACAUAAAACUAAAUAUAUAUAUCAAUAUAUCAAUAUAUCAAUAUAUAACUUUAUUUGGUUGGGGUGACGACCCAAUAAUUUGGCGCUACUUUAAAGUGAAACAUGUUUAAACCUAUUUCUUGAUAACAGUGUAUAUUUAAGUUUGAAGUCUUGUCUAGAAAAUUCUUUCAAGUUUCGACAUAUGAUAAAGGAAUUUCAAAGGUCACGAUUAUCAUACCUUUGUAGCUAAUACAUGAUUGAUAUAAAUACCAACAAUUUUUUUCGUUA